CACCAAACAUUCUGGUUAACUGACGGAAAUACCACCCUCGAAAUUGGAGGUGUCCUCUUCAAACUCCACCGAUCCAGACUCGCUGACCAGUCAACCUUUUUCGCUGGCCUCUUGGACGAGCAAGAUGUGCGCGUGGAUGACAGCGUCAAAGUCGAAAGCGAUGAAAACGGGACGGUGUACCACCUGUCAAACACCACGUCCAAAGAUUUUGAGGCACUGCUACAGUUCGAUAGGAAUCCGAUGGUAUAUUAUCUUACCCCUCCUCCAUUCUCGGUCUUGGCUGCUAUCCUUCGUGCAUCGACUGCAUUAGGAUUCGACGCGCAUCGAGCUUACGCCGUGAAACUACUAGAGAAUGGUUGGUCCUCAUCCCUCGCGGAUCUCACCAAGGACACAAAACCUCACGCAGUGGGAGUGGCGGUCCUUGGGCGGAGUUGCGGCAUCGAAAGCGUAUUGAAGAGGGCGUUUUAUGAAAUGGUUCGAGCAGCAGGUUAUGGUCUUGGCAACGGCGAGUUGGACGGUGGUGACGUAGAAGAAAUCAGCCGUGCAGAUGAAAGGCGUCUGGGACGCAUGCGGGAGAGUCUUACUUCGACCUGGUUGCAGGUUGCGAUGCGCUUGGACCGUUCCUUGGAGUGCCCAAAUCAACCGAAGGGCAGGCGCGUGCACGAUUCUGGGCUCUACAAUGAGUAUUUGUACGAUCCGUUGUGCGGACUCGAGGCCUUGAUAAAGAUCAAAUGGGACAAGGAUGAGGGAUGGUGCACAGACUGCGUGCAGGCAAGACGAAAAGUCUGGAUACUUGCGCGUCAGCGAACUUGGCAG